GAUAGUCAUCGCGGGGCCGAAGCCACCAAGCGCCGCGCUCGUCAGGCCGUGUAUUGGCCCGGCAUAGACGCGGACAUCGUCAGCACUGUCCGCGCCUGUGAGCCGUGCCAGGUUAUGCUACCUAGCCAGCAGCAGGAGCACUUGUUGUGCGACGACAACCCCACCAGGCCCUUCGAGUCAGUGUCGGCCGACUUCUUCACCGCGGCUGGGAAACACUUCCUAGUCGUCGUCGACCGACUCUCUGGCUGGCCUGUGGUGGUCACCUGCGGCUCCGACACGACGUCUGCCGCCACCAUCCACUACUUCCGGCGCCUCUUCCGUGAUCUGGGUGUCCCUGUGCGUCUGCGGACUGAUGGAGGCCCUCAGUUCACCAGCCGGGAGCUCGCGGAAUUUUUGGAGCGAUGGGGGGUCCGCCACAACGUGUCAUCGCCCAACUACCCACAGUCGAACGGACACGCCGAAGCUGCAGUGAAAGCAGUUAAACACCUCAUCCUGAAGGUGGCCCCGUCCGGUAACAUCGACUGUGAGGCGUUCGACAAAGGCCUUCUGGAGCUGCGUAACACACCGAACUCCACGGGCCGCUCCCCGGCCCAGGUCUUGUACGGCCGUCCUCUCCGUUCCUGCGUCCCUGCCCAUGCCAAAGCCUUCGCGAAGGAGUGGCAGGCCAGAGCCGAGAGCUGUGACCGUCGCGCCGCUACCCGUGCCCGAGAUGCCAAGGCCCGGUAUGACGCCCAUGCCCGCCCGCUUCAGCCGCUGAAGACAGGUGCUCUCGUGCGCAUCCAGGACCCAACCACGCAGCGUUGGGACAAGGUGGGCACGGUAAUGGGCGCCGGCCGGUCUAGGGCCUAUCACGUCCGGAUGCCGAGCGGCCGCAUCUUGUGGAGGAACCGCCGUUUCCUUCGGCCGGUUCCGCCCCCUGCAGUCGACACCCCGGUCGUGGACGAGUCUCCUCCACGCCCGGACUCACCUCACCUCGCUGUGCCCCGUCGCUCGGAGCGGCUCAGAGCCAAGGCACCCGCUCAAGACUAGGACUAUGAGCGUGAAGGGGGGAGGGAGAUGUGGGUAAUGUUAGUUCUGAAUAUAGGCACCUUGCCUGGGGCAACACUAAUCCCGCGGUGUCAGCGGUUUUGACCGUUGUGGCCCCUCAGAGGCUGGCAGUGCCUCAGGGGCCAGUUCACCCCGUCUCUGUAUCGCGUACGCACGUACUCGUUCUUUCUCUGUUACUUUC